AUGAAAGUUGGACAAUUACUUUGUGGGGGGUUUGAAGGUACAGGAGUUACUUCUCAAGCUUACCAUUUGAUUGUAGAGCAUCAUAUUCUGACGUUCAUUUUAUCAAAGAAGAAUGCCGUGUCGGUGAAACAAAUGACCAAACUAAUAAGGGAUCUUCAAUAUAUUGCAUUCUCCGAAGGUAAAUAUAAGUAUCCUUUAAUGUUUGCCAUUGAUGAAGAAGGUGGAAUGUUGAAUUCAUUAUAUGAUUCAGAUUACUUGACACAAUUCCCCAGUGCCAUGGCAUUAGCUGCCGUCAAUGAUACAGAAUUAGUUUAUGAGGUACUGAAGGCUUUAGCUAUUGAAUUAAAGAAGAUUGGAUUCCUGAUAAUUUUUGGCCCUGUGUUGGAUGUAGUGACCAAACUUUCACAUCAAUUGGUCGGUGUUCGUAGUUUCGGAACAACAGUAGAAGAAGUAGUCAAGAAUGGUAGAGCUUGUGCUCGUGGGUUCAGAGAUGGAGGAUUGUUCCCUUUUGGUAAACAUUUUCCUGGAAUUGGGAAUGCUUCAGUUGAUUCAUUGUUGGAAUUACCCAUGUUAGCUGAUUCUUUGGAUCAGAUCAAGAAUUUCAAUGCAGUCCCGUUUGCUGAAUUAUCCCGAAGUAAUGAACUUGAUGGGAUUUGUGCUGCUGGUUGUGGAGUACCCACCAUUAGUCCCGAUGAGAUCCAUGCUUGUUUAUCUCCAGUAGUAAUCAACCAAUUAUUGAGACAAGAUCUCGGUUUUGAUGGAGUGGUAAUUAGUGAAUGUUUGGAAAUGGAUGCUUUGCAUCACUCAAUUGGGUUAGGUCAGGGUGUAAUUUUAGCCCUUUAUGCAGGGUGUGAUUUGAUUUUAGUUUGUCAUGAAACCAAGUUACAAGAUGAAGCAGUAGAAGCCAUGGAAAAAGCUUUGGGUAAUGGUAAUCUCGAUGAAGAUUUGGUUUUGAAAUCGUUGUCAAGAAUUGAAACCUUGCAAAAAAGAUUACCUUCAUGGAGUGAACUAUUUCCUCAUGGUGAAGAGAGUGCCAAAGAAGAAUUGAUCCUUUUCAGAGAUGAUGAACCUGAUAAGUGGUUAGAACAUAAAAAAUUAUCACAGUUGGCUUAUAGGAAAUCAAUGACAUUGGUCAGAGAUUAUCCUGAUGCAUUACCCAUAACCAAAUUCUUAACCACCAAAAAUAAAAAGGUAGAUACUAACAAUAUUCUUAUAUUAUCACCAUUAUUGAAUCCUAUUUAUAAGCUGAACAAUGUGCCAAAGCUUUACACCGGGGAGGAAGUGUUUCAAAAGUUUGGUAAUCUUCUAUCUGAUCAUCCUAUAAAUAAAACUUUAAAACAUCCUUAUAAAGUGUUGCACACCACAUAUACAGCCAAUGGUUUAACAUCAUUGCAUGAAUCAUUGAUCGAACAAUCCAAAGUGGUAAUUGUUCUAACAUCUGAAGCUUCAAGGAAUAUGUAUCAAAUUGGGAUAGUCAAAUAUGUGUCGAUGUUAUGUGGUGCAAGUCCAUCAUCCUUCAAUAGUUCGACCUACACACAAUUAUCCAAGCCGUUAAUUUUGGUGGCUACUUCAUCACCUUAUGACUUCUUUUACAAUAAAAGUAUAGGUAGUGCUUAUUUAUGUUGUUAUGAUUACACCGAUAAUGCCUUGAAAGAAUUAGUGGGUGUUAUAAUGGGAGAUCAUAGUCCUGAAGGUUGUAUACCUGGGGAGAAGAAAUAUGUCAAUAGAGCCGGUAAAAAAAGGAGAUUAACUGAUUCCAAUGACGGGAGUCCUCAAAAGAAGUCAGAAGCUCCUUUGAAAAGAAGGUGGUUGGUUGAAGGUUUUGAUUUGAAUAGAGAUUGGGAUAGUUUGGUGACAUUGAUCAAAAAUAGUAACGAAGAUGAUUUAAUGAGUGUAGCAAGUGAUGAUACUUUCAGUAUUGAUAAAUAUGGAUCAAUCAAUUAUCAUAGUGACGAUUACUAUCAAAGAUUGAAAAUAUUAUUGAGUGAUCCUUCCCAAAAGCAUUUCGUUGUUAGGAAUUCGUCCCUCAAUAUUUUGUAUGGUAUAAUAUUAACAUGGUGUAAUGAAACCAAUCUACUAAACAACAAUGGCCAAUUAGUUAAGACAGGGUCAAUAAUGUACUUGUUGGUUGAUAGAACCAAAAGGUUACAAAGCAUUGGUAAGAAUUUGCAUAACACUGCUAUAAGAUAUCUUACGAAAGAUCAAAGAUGUAAUGUGUUGACUUUGGGAUUAUCAGUUCCUUUGAUGGCGUUACCUAAUGAUUUCAGUCUUUUGACAUCACUGAAAUCUUCAACAUUUAUGGGUAAUUUUUGGGACAUUCAAAUCAAGUCUAAGAAAUUUAUAAUGAGACUAACCGGAUUAGAUAAAUGGCUGGUGCCCAAGAAGAUCUUUAGAGAAUUGAUGAUUGUGGGGGUCAGAUUCGAUAUUUGCCUGGAUCCAGAAAAAUUGAUGGAAUUAAUUAAUAAGAGAACCGGAACGGUUAAUGAAGAUAGCACCAGAAGUGAUGCAAAUGGCUCCGAUUCUAAGGACACUAUCAUGAAUAGUGAUAAUGAAGAUGAUAAUGACAACGAUUUGGGUAAUAGUAAGAAAUUCCCCGAGAUGGACAUAGAUGAAAAGAUCAGAAUUAAAUCACUUUAUGGAGAGGCUAUCAAACAUUUGAAUUCUGCUGGAGUUAAGAUUAUUAUCGCUUUAGAACCUACGACUCAAAAAAUUAUUGGAAGUAUUAUCUUAUUUACCAAUGAUUCAAAAUUGAGUAAAUUCUAUCCAUUCAUGAGUGAAGCAAAUAAUCAAGUGAAUAACCUAUCCCCAGGAGAAGACGCAAAAAUUGGUGCUAUUGUAGGACCUGUAAUCGAUAAGUCCUACUCCAAUUUGACCGAAAUCUUCAAGUACGGGUUGAUUUGUAGUGGUAUAACAUUGUUAAAGAAUUCCAAUGAAAUUAUCAAUGAAGUGUUGAUGAUUGGUGUUGAUGAAGGUACUAGUAUUAAGGAAAUCGGGUUCCAAGAUUGGAAAUUCUAUUAUGAUCAUUAUGCAAAAAAUGAAUUGAGUGACAGUUGA